UCCCUCCGCCGAGCCCCUCGUCCCUCCGCCGAGUCCCUCGGCGCAGCGAUUUCCUCCUGUGCCGCCGCCGCAGCUUCUCGCCCGGGGCUCUGCCGCAGCAGUGCGGCAGGCGGCUCGCGCGGCCUCGCCGUAGCCGCCGCGCCCGCUCGGUCGUGCCCGGGGUACGAGGCCGGCUGCGGGGCGUUACGGCCCCCCGGAUCGCUCCGCGCGGUGAGGCGGUGCGGCCGGCCGCCAUUUUGGGUGCGUGCGGGCUGCGCGGCGGCACGGCGGAACCAGCAUUUGCCUUCACUGAAUUUAAUAUUCUUCUGCGUAAAGCAGUAACCAGUGUUCUUCUGGUGUGACCAUCGGUUACUGGUGGCGAUGACCUUCUCGUCCUCUCCCACAGAACCUGUUCAUCAUGUUGGGCUCUGGAUUCAAAGCUGAACGCCUGCGAGUUAACCUACGCCUUGUCAUCAAUCGCCUCAAACUGCUGGAGAAAAAGAAGACUGAGCUGGCCCAGAAGGCAAGGAAGGAGAUUGCAGAUUAUCUGGCAGCUGGAAAAGAUGAGCGUGCCAGGAUUCGUGUGGAGCAUAUCAUCCGUGAAGAUUACCUCGUGGAGGCCAUGGAGAUCCUGGAGCUGUACUGCGAUCUGCUGCUAGCCCGCUUUGGCUUGAUUCAGUCCAUGAAGGAGCUGGACUCUGGCCUGGCAGAAGCGGUCUCUACGCUGAUUUGGGCUGCACCACGACUCCAGUCAGAAGUGGCUGAGUUAAAGAUUGUUGCUGACCAGCUGUGUGCCAAAUACAGCAAGGAGUAUGGGAAGCUGUGCCGGACAAACCAGAUCGGAACAGUUAAUGACAGGCUGAUGCACAAGCUGAGUGUGGAGGCACCACCCAAGAUUCUGGUGGAGAGAUACCUCAUUGAGAUUGCCAAGAACUACAAUGUGCCCUACGAGCCUGACUCGGUGGUGAUGGCUGAAGCCCCUACAGGUGUGGAGGCAGAUCUGAUUGAUGUGGGAUUCACAGAUGAUGUGAAGAAGGGUGGCCAUGGAGGGGGAGGAGGUGGUGGAUUUACUGCCCCCCUGGUUGGUCUUGAUGGAUUAGUGCCUGUGCCAGUGCCGAUGCCGAUGCCUAUGCCGUCACCAAAUCCACCCUUCUCCUAUCCACCUCCAAAGGGACCGGAGAACUUCAAUGGCCUGCCGGUGGGGACCUACCAGCCUUUUACUAACAUUCAUCCACCACCAAUUCCGGCAAACCCACCAACAUACGAAUCUAUUGAUGAGCCUAAUGCUGACAAGGAUGAUGCUUCUGCACCGGUGGCUGGGCCUGGACCCAAGUCAGAACCUUCUCCAAAACCAAGAGCUGGACCUCCUAAUACCAUUGAUAACUUUGUAUUGCCUGAAUUACCUUCCGUGCCGGACACACUGCCAACAGCGUCUGCUGGCACCAAUUCUUCUGCCUCUGAAGACAUUGACUUUGAUGAUCUUUCUCGGAGAUUUGAGGAGCUAAAGAAGAAAACAUAAGACUGAGUGGGCUAUAACUCCAGUGAGAAGGGCAGGAGCUGUGAUAGCUUCUUCUCUCUAAAACACUCCCCCCUGAAAUCGGUUUCCUAUAUUAACCUCAAAUGAACACUCUUCUUUUUGA